CGUUUUCUUCCGAAACCCAAGCCGUUUUCGAGUUCCGAUUGAAUCUAGUGUUCCGAUUUGCUGUAGUGAUUCAUUGUCUCCGUUUGUGCAAAAUUACGAGAAACUGCUUGUAAAUAGAGGCUGUAAAUAUUAGCAGAUAAAUAUGAGUUUGGGUGCGCGCGCCACCAAGGGUGGUGCGAAGGGUAAGGAGGGGAAGCAGGAGAAGGGUAAAACAACAGAAAAACCACAACCUAAAGAGAAAACAAAACCACAGGCCACAACUGAACAGCUGCGUAUGGCAAACAUGAUUGACCGUCCGAGUGAAGAUAUCUCUGAUGUGCGAAAGAAGGUGACAACCCUCAUGGAGACAACGCACCGCACGGAAGAGGAGGUGUGCUCGGCGCUGCACGACGCUGACAACGACGUCGAGCUCGCCUGUAACCUGCUGCUCGAGGACACGCUGCGGACACAGGGCCAAUGGCAGACUACGGAGAAGAAAAAGAACAAGAAGCCAGCUGCCAGUGCCGGCAACGGCGAGGUGGAUAGGGAGAGAGACCGCGAACACACGCGCUCUCGCUCUGGCCCCAGACCCAGACGCGGUGAAGGCGAGGGCGGUCGCGGUCGCGGCGGCGGGCGCGGACGGGGAGGCGGGCGCGGUGGGCGGGGCGGCGGUCGCGGCGCGCGUCGCGGCCCGCCCCGCCCCCCGCUGGAGCGGGACAACAACGACUGGACCAACAGCGCCGAUCCUGAUACCGGUGGUACCGACAACUUCCCCGCCACAGAAGAUUGGGAUAAUGAGGAAUGGUCAGGCUCUCUUUCAGACACCAAGAUGGUGGUCCCGCAGGUGUUCACGCCCAGCGCCGCCGCCGCCCCCGCGGACUCCGCCCCCGCUGCUGCGGAGGACUGGGACGCGCCGACGGAGGCGAACGGCCCCGCGGAGCACAUCCCCACAUACACCUACCACAACACCCAGCAGCACCAUCAUCCUUCCAUCCUAGAGCAGAUGGGCGGCGCGGCGGGCGUCGCAGGCGUCGCGGGUGUGGGCGGAGUCGCGGGGGCGGCGGGCGCGUCUCCCCCCGCGGCGGCCAAGACCGAGCCCACUCCGGAUUACCACCAGCUGGCCCACCAUGCACCGCUUCCUAACACCCAGCCGAUGGGUAUGUCGGGCAGCCUGAGCGCGGCACAGUCUCAGUAUUUGUCGCAGUUGACGCAGCAGGCGCAGCGACACGACACCAGUGUAUAUACUAGUAACUACGGUGUGUACGGCUCGUCCGACAUGACGACUCAGAGGAAGACGCAGAGGGUCCGGGUACCGCCUCCGUCCAAGAUUCCGUCAUCGGCGGUGGAGAUGCCGGGCGGCGCGGAGGGCGGCGGCGGCAUGUUCCUGGACGUGCAGUUCGGCGCGCUCGACCCCGACGACACGCCGCCGCAGCACCAGCCGCACACGCCGCACCAGACGCAGCCGCAUACGCCGCAUCAGCCGCAUACGCCGCACCAGACGCAUCAGCCCCAUCAGACCCACCAGCCGCAUCAGACUCACCAGCCGCAUCAGCCGCAUCAGACGCACCAGACGCAUCAGACGCACCAGACGCAUCAGACGCACCAACCCGCUCACCAUCCAAUGCCACAGGCCAAGCAGCCGACGACUCAAGCGGAGACGACGCCUGUAGCGAACAACCAUGAGACUGCCACAGAAACUCCUAGUAGUAAUUAUGCUAACACAAACAGUAUGCUCAAUGAAAACUUAACUGCGGUGGAGCCAACGCCGACGAGUCAACCGAUCGUCACGUCCGAGGCCACCGUCACAAAUAACACCACAUCACUAGACAAGUUGUCGGCGUCGAUGAAGCAACUCGGCGUUUCAGGCGUGUCGGCGGUGAGCGGCGUCACGGCGGCGGUGUCCGCGGCCGCAACGACUGCGGACAGCGCGCCGCAGCCGCAGCCGCACCACCAUUACGCCCACCACCGACCCAAGACAGUCGGUCAGCAGCAGAAUGUGUACGCGACGCACCAUCCUGCAUCACACCACCCACCAGUAUACGGAGCUAAUGUCUACGCGCCACAGGUGAACUCGACGAACGCGUCGCUUACGGGCGCGUCGGCGAUGACCGCAACAGCGUACCCGUCCAGCGUCACGCUCACUCAGUACCAACCCAUGAUCAACUCAUACCAGCAGACGUCGUCAUCGGGUGGCGUAUACGGUGGUAGCGCGUUAUACACGGCGGCGCCGUACACCGCGCCCUACCAGCCCGCACCGCAGCCCGCCAAACCACACAAGGACGCACAGUACGACAGCUCGGUAGCGGCCAGCAACAGUCUAACGAGCACGUCCACCACACAGACCUCCACUGCCAAAGUCACAACAACCACAGUAAGCGGCGGCGUGAACGCCGGAGCGGCGGGCGCGGCUGGCGCGGCGUCGACGAGCGCGACCGCAGCGGGCGGGGCUGGCGGCGGGUACGCGGGCGGCGCGCUCUACGGCGGCGCGUACGCGUACGACGAGCAGCUCAUGCGGGGCACGCUACCCCACCACAUGGGUGGAUACUACGAAGUCGGGUACGGCGCGAGGGAGGGCACAUUCGGCCUGGGCGCGGGCGAGAGGUUCGGCCGGACAGACGCCGCCUCACCGCAACAGGUGCCUGCCGCGUUACCCCCCGGCUACGCGUACUUCUACCAGCCACCACCCACCACCUAUCAGUAUGGCGUCUAUCCUACGUACGGAGGCGGCUCAAACGUGGGCGGAGUGGGCGGAGUCGGCGGCGUGGGCGGUGGCAAGGUGUCGGGAUACUCGCAGCAGACGCAGCCGCCAUACGACGCUCAGGACACAUACAAGACGGCAGGCGGCGCGUACACGGGCACCGGUAGCAAGGCCGGCGGCGCCGCGGCGGCCGAUCUCACCAGCGCCAUGUACGCCAAGACUCACGUCACGCUCAACAAGGUUAAUAGCUACGAGAAGGCGGGCUUCCACAGCGGGACACCGCCGCCAUUUGGCGCCGGCUCACACCUCUACAUCCCCGCGCCGCCCCACCACCAUCCCCACCAUCAUCAGCAGCACCAGAUGGAUGGUCGGGUGAACAGUAGUCAUAAUAGGCGGGUUCUCGGCUCGCGUCAGUAGUCAGCUGUACAUAGCGCGGCGACCGUUCCCCACCACGCACUCUGCUCUCGGCCCCCGGCCACCAAGUGAUAUCGGACCAGUAUUGCACCCGGUGUCGUGUUUACGGAUACUGUAAAUACAUGAACCGCACCGGCGCCUCGUCCGUCGAACGUGUCAAUUUGUAACGAAAUAAUUGCAUACAUAAUGUUAGUGUAUAGUAAAUUUGUAAAUGUCUCCCCCUUUUUAUAUUCGUAUUUAGAUAAGGCCGCGCGACGUUCGGCGGCGCUGGCCGGUCGAUUGCGCGUCUACAAUAUACAUAUUGUCUGUAUCUAUUUAACUUGUAACAUGUAAAAAUUAAACGGAACUCGUUAAAUUAAAGAUAAAUUUGUUAAUAAAUUUAUUUUUAUGUUUUUUAAAGAGAAAUUGAAUAGUGUAUAGCGUCGGGGUGCUGCAUUUCGGAAGCGUUGACUCGCAAGAUUAGGUUAGGUAGUAAUUAUUUGGCGGUGCUGGCCGCUCGUUACUGUAUAGACACACCUCGCUUCGCCCCGAAACUCUCGUAGGUCAGUUAAGUUCGAUAUUGGUUUAAAUUAACUAGUGCUACUUUUACAUUAAUAUAUAUAUUAUAAAUAUGUUUAUGUAUGUAAGCAUUUGGUACGCUAUGCGCGCCGGAUAUUUUGUAUUUAGUUGUCGAACUUUUGUAAUUACAUUAAUUAAAAGAAAGUAAAUAAUUAUGAUGUUAGUUAUUUGUACUGAACCGUCGACUGUCUUUAUUGUGAAUGAAUGCUGAGAUCCUUGGCGUUACGUACGUGGGAAAAAAUACACACAUUC